CAAGGAUCCCAGCUGGAGUCCAUCAGGUAACAGAACCGUUACCGUAACUAUUGGAGUACGUGGGCUCUUAAGAGGAAGCGAGCCUGCCAGUUUCCGCUGCAGCACUGAGACCGUGAAAAGAAAGAAAAUGUGUCCGGAGAGGACGAAGUGAAGGCCGGGGAGUACAGCUAUUGUUCCGAUACAGUCUUCUUCGACUCUGGGUGGAAGACAAAUGUGAUCAGCUGGUGUUGCUGCGUUGAGUAUCGAAGCGUCGUUUCGAGGUCGUUGUCGUUUCUCGGUGAGCUAACUCGCUACAUAAAGAGAUGGGGACGAGAGCGAGUCGCCUCCAGGAAGACCCGGUUCCCCCUGCUUUCGGGAAGGAUGGCCCGAAGCGGGAUUCCUACCGGCGACCCCGCUGCGCCAGGCCCACCAGCCUUAUGGUCGACUUCUCUGGGAGCUUCGAGGACACGGAGGCCAAUCGGAGCCGAUCGGAGGAAGGCAGCGACUCGGAUCUGGGGCAACACGGGGCGAGCGCCGACGGCAGCCCGGCGGACCACCACAGCAUCCCCGCUAGCAUUAGCCAACCGUCGCCCGCGGAGGACAACAACAGCGAGGGGAAGCCCGAGGAGGACGGGAGCGUCAACCAGGAGGCUGCGGUCGGGGCCGAGCACCAAUCCGGAGAGGAGACAGGCCGCACACCCCACCGCACAUUUUCCGAGCGGCUGCCUGGAAAUCGGCACUCUUCUACCCGCAGCGUUAGCGCCAGAUCCGCCCGGGUGCGGGGCUCACACCAGCGGCCGGUCUCCGAGGCUUGGAUCGGCCUGUACCGCGUUAACAAUCGCCAUGGCAAUAUCCGCUGUCCUUUCUGCUCCAAGCCUUUCCCCGGGGGACGGAUCGAGGAUCACCUGUUGAGCUGCCUCACCUCUCCUCCACUUCCUUACAACACGGACGUGCUGAGUAAAGACAGCGGCGAGUGCUCCAUCUGCCUGGAGGAUCUGGUGCAGGGGGAGACCAUCGCCCGGCUGGCCUGCCUGUGCGUCUACCACAAGAGCUGCAUUGAUUCCUGGUCCAAGGUGAAACCCUGUUGCCCUGAACACCCCUUCGAUUGACUUGCAGGUCACGUGGACCCCCAGCAGUGACCAAUGAGACUCAGGAGACGACACUGAAUCCUAAAUAUCUACACGACUUUUCAAAAAUGUUGGAGGAGAGAACUCCAGUGACAAAUGGGCACCAACCUUUUCAACCCGGUCCGGACCAUUUCGCCUCCUCCACUGAAAGAACUGCUGCUCCAUCUGAUCUGCUCGAGACCUUCGUAAGGGUCUCCGUUUUAUGAACUUAUUCCCAAACAAUGAAACCAUUGAUGACUGACGUCGCUCCUGAUGAGGACUGUGGCGUCUCCUGUUUGUUUUCUCUCCCCCAAAAAGGUUUGCUCGAGUGUUUUGCUUCAUCAGAUGAAUGUUUGUCUCCUCGGUCAAGCCCAUGAGGAACCAAGCGAUGAUCCGGGCCACCGGUGAGGGCUUGAUUCUGGACUUCUUAUGAUUUUUAUGAUCUUGCCUGUAAACAUUUCAUGGGGGAUUUGGGGCUCAUCGCUCUCCAGCUCAGUUUUCACCGGGUUCAUGUGCUGCUACUCGUCUGUAAGACAGUGUUUGGUAGAGUAGCUCGCUGCUCCGUUUCUGCACUUUUGUUCCUCCGUGAAAUGAGUCAGAGGCUGAGCUCGUUCGGCUGUGGAGCGGGAUUCUUCCACGGGUUACCUGUGAUGUUGGUACGCAAUGUUGAAUGUGGGCCUCCCCUGGAGGUCUGUCAGACCUUAAUCUGGAGAAGAACAAAGGGCGUCAGGUUUGAUUUUCCACUACUCUUUUCUUCAAGCUUUCUUCUUCAACGUGUCAUGGCCAUCGCUAUCUCUUAUCUGGGGUCAAAGUGCAUUCGGAUGUGAGGCAGGAUUUUUAACCUGUUGCAUGUGGUAGAGAAGUGUGGGUCCGGACCCUUCCCUCUCUUGCUCUCCUGAUUUUGGUUAGGCCAGUCCCGAGGCCAUGAUCUGAGACCAUCUGGUUGUGGAUUCAUGGCUCCACCGCUGACGGUUCAUACAUUUUUUUUUUUUUUAAGAUUGCUAAUUGUGCUCCUGGAUUGCCUUUAUUUGCGCGUGAUGAGGCCUUCUGUCCUUACUUUAGGGCUCGGGUCGACAAUAGAGGGCGCUCUCAGAUGGCAUCAUCACUGGCGCCACCUAUCCCCGCUGCUUCUCCCCCGUUUUUUGCUUUUUGCAGUCUGAGGUGCUAUGACCUGUCCCGCCACUAGAGGGCGGCCCCGUGCAUGUUUUUGUAUUGGUGAAUUAAGAGUUUUUAUAAAAAUGCCAAAAGUCUGUGAGGUUGUGCACGAGGAGGUGCGUUCGAUGUUACAUUUGUCGUGGUGAUAAGUUAUGACGUUGUAUACUCUCGCGAGGACGGGUGGGGUGUUUCAGUGUGUUUUUAUUCGCCGGGGUGGGAUGGGCGUUUGGGUUGUCAACGAAAACAUGAGCGACAAUCUGAGACCCCGCUGUUUCUGUAACCCCCUUGACUUUCUGAGCUGUGUGGUGCAAUACCUCAAUUUUUACCAAUGCUAACUAUCAAAAACGCUCGCGUGUGUGUGCAAACUCUCCAGCCAAGCGCCGUCUUUUGUGCGUCUUCGGUUCCCCGUCGCAGAUCACCGUCCUGCGACGGGGAACCGACGUCUUUCGGAUGUUUGUCGUUUUUAAAAGAGCAACCACAUGGAUGGGGUCGUCUUCACCCCCCUCGCCCCGAGAUACGGACAAUCUGCCUUUACUCCGGUUUAAAACAAAUUGAGUUUUAUUUAUUAAAUUGUAAAUAUGUGAUGAGAGAAGAUGGCUUUGGUCUCUGUCUGUUCAAUAUACUGUUUCUAAGCUCCGAUCUUUUGUAUGUCUCAGAAAUUGUUUUUAUAUGUAUUUUUUACAAUAAAUAUGUGUGAA